AUGUCUUCUAAUUUUAUAAUAUGCGUUUAUCAGAAAUUUAGUGUAAAUAUCUGCUGUAUGACAUUGUCAUGUGCCAUGAUAUGGGUUAUGCUGUUUGUUUUAAUUUUGUUGGACAAACAAGAUUUCAUUUAGUUCUGAUGAAUUUCAUAGAGUUUAUUUCAAUGGAGCAUGUCUGCAUUACUGAAAGAAAGGAGUUGGCUCCCAUUCACAUGAUUAGUUUCUAUUGUCCUUUUUCAUUGUUCCUUGUCUCAUGGUUUAUGAUCAACGACUUUGUAAAUAGUUAAUAAUAAAGAACCUAAAUUGGUGUAGGAUAUGAGUUCUGCUGUUACACAUUGUUCGGUGAACAGAUAUUAAUGAUCUUUUCUGUUUAAAAGGUCUCGGCUCUUCAGUGGGUCUAAAGUAAGCCAGUGAUCUUUAAAGUGGACAGUUUCAUGAAAAAUGGUGUUUCUCGAGUUGUUUUCGAACAAUCCAGAAAAACUAGAAAGAAAAACAGGUUCUUUCAACGCAAUGCAUUUUAGCUUUGCGUUAAUUGGACUUCAGAAGUUGAUGGAUCGAGAAUUUUCAUGCCCAUGUUCUCCUGGUUUUAAUGCAAUACUGAUCAGCUUCAUCUUUUUCGGACCUGCUCUUCUGGCUCUGACUAUGAUGAUGUUCAUUCAAAGGCCUUGCAGAAGUUCUUCUUCUCAUUGUGCUGGGCUCUUUUUACUUUGUCUGAUUCCACCUUCAUUGUGGAUGUUUCUGUUGUUGUUUGAGGGUGAAUAUGUCGCUUGUGGCUUGUCACACUGGGAAGGAGAUUACGUCUUGGAUGAAGAGCUCCAGAUUAAAUGGUGCAAACCCACCGGAGUGAAAGACACCAGAGUGAACGCAACAGACCUGCGAGAACUGACCGAAAAAAUCACUUUCUACUCAAGGUUUUCCGCUUUAGUUCUGCUCACAUUCCUCAGUGUUGUUGUCACUGCUGCUGUAAGCUGUUGGGAUUGUAGAACAAGAUGUCUGGAGCACAAGGAAAAGCAAGAUAAACCAUCACACCUAUCAGAGUCAUCCAUCUACGGCUCAGAGGUUGAACUGCAGCGGUCUGUCUGAACUCAUCAGGGUGAUCUACAUUGCAUGCGCAUUUAUAUUGUUACAGGGAACAACUUUGGUGAUGAGUCAUUUCUAGGGUAACAUCAAAAACAUCUUUUGACAACAUUGGAUUUACUGUGUUGCAAAUGCAUUUCUGUGGUUUAUUUUUCCUUUGCUGUACUUUAUAUAACUAUACAUGUUCAAUUAAAAUGGACCUCCUGUCUGCAUUAAAUAAAAUAUAUAAUAGUG